UAGUAAUGGGUUUAUUUGCUCACUCUUGAAGAAGACACAGUCAGUGGGAACUUCCAGUUCUCUGAUCAGUCUGUUAGGAAUUGGAUUUUUCCCCAGACAUUAAAGAAAAUAGGAGGAUGCAGCAAAUUGAGGUAGCAGAUUAUGUUAAUGAGCGAACAAGACGUGAGCAGAAAUGCAGUGGUGAUGCAUAUCGAAGAGACAGAAAACUCUUUCGGCUGAUUUUCCUCAUCUUUGGCGUGCUGUGUAUGGUACAAGCCAUACUCAAUGUUUCUCUACGCCUUAAAUUGCACAAGAUAUCAAGUCAUGUUGAAUUCAAUGCAACUGGUGUCAUUGAUCAGAAGAAAGAGGACCAGGGGGAGAAGGAUUGUGAGGGGAAGACUUCUCAUCAUUACAAACUCCUUCAAGAAAGAUUCAACGCCUUGACCAGAGACCACGACCUGUGUAAAAACAGAAACACUGAACUGAACAACCGGAUAAGGAAUAUAGAGGAUGACAGGAACAGGCUGGAGAUUCUGGGAGAGUUGAGUGAUGUUUUACCUCAGGCGUGUCCUCCAGGUUGGACAGAAAUUAACUCCAGAUGUUACUUCCUCUCAACUGAGCAGAAGACUUGGGAGGAAAGCAGGAAAGACUGUCAGAGUAAAGACGCUGACCUGGUGGUGAUCAACAGCGAACAGGAAAUGAGGAGCUUGUACGGGCUGGAUGGGGAUUCAUUAGUCCAGUUCUGGAUUGGUCUGUAUAAACCAACAGGGACAGUCGGGUGGAACUGGGUAGACGGAUCCAAACUGACCCAACUAUUCUCACAGGCUGUCCAGCUGGAUUUCAAUCGAAGCAAACGCAAGGAAUGUGUGGAGAUGUUUAACUACUCAUCAUGGCCAGCCAGAUGGCGCAACCUCAGCUGUAAUACCCGGCUCCCCUCACUCUGUGAGAAAGGUGUUAAUUAUUAAAUUAAACUUAUUGAAAGAAUUCUGAACAAUAAACAAAUCUCAUUGUAAAAGAA